AUGGUCAUAUGUGGAGAAAAUUAUCGUAGAAUUGGUUCAUUGCUGCCUCCUGAUGGUGAAAAACCAAAGUUUGCUCAGCUUUAUAUUUUCGAACCUAAGAAUGAAAUUGACAACCGGUUGGCGAACUUUGCUUCCCGUGAUGGUCUACUUAUGCCAGAAUUGCUCACUUUAUUGCUUCAAAUGUUAGAUCAGCAUAAUGAACUUGUCAAAACGUUCAGGCGGGUUCGGCAGCAGCUGCAAGAUUCUGCAACAACAAGUUUAAAGCUUAGAAUUUUUGGAGCUAAGAGCAGAAAUCGACAAUAUGACUUGCCCAGUAGCACUGAAAUCGCGGCACUUAUACCGGGCGAUUUUAUUCCGGAUAGAGAGGAUCGAGAUAUCAUUGUUGAUCACAUAUAUGAGGGUUUGAAGAGAAUUACAAGUCUCAAUUCAAAAUUUGAUGCAUUGCAUUUCCCACUCUUAUUUCCAUAUGGAGAGGAUGGCUAUCAUCCACUUAUCAAGUACAGAUCAUUCAGAGAAGAUGCUCCAAUGGAUUGGAUACAGAUACCACAGCUAUUCUUGAUUAAUCCCGGAAAUGAUCCUGUUGAGUCAAUUGCAGAUGACAUAUAUGAUUCGUUUCCUCAUAACCAUAGUCACCCAUCAUACCUCACCAGUAGAGCCAUAGUUACUCCAACCAAUGCAACAGUCUCUACAAUCAAUAAUUACAUGCUUCAACGUGUUACAGGAAACUCGACAACCUAUUACAGCUCAGACUCACUAUUUCUAUCGACAGAAACAGCAGAUUCAUUCGACGAAAGCUAUCCAACUGAGUUUCUCAACACUCUUACAUUCAACGGAGUGCCAGACCAUGAGCUCACAAUAAAGGUAAACACACCAGUUAUGCUCUUACGCAACUUCAAUCCUGGGCUUGGUUUAUGCAAUGGCACAAGGAUCAUGAUCACAUCUUUGGGAGACAAUUAUAUAAAAGGCAACAUUAUGGGCGGUUCUUAUGACACUGAUGAGCUCGUUAUACCAAGAAUAGUGUUGAAUGUGGAGAACUCUAAGUGGCCCUUCAUACUCAAAAGGAGGCAAUUUCUAUUGCGAUUAUGCUAUGCAAUGACUAUAAACAAAAGCCAAGGACAAACGCUCGAAAAAGUUGGGAUAUAUUUGCCUGAACCAGUUUUUAGCCACGGUGACACGCCAAAACACAACACCAAACUGCGACCAAGUGUAAUCGCAGUCCGGGAAUGCAGUAACAGGCAAGUUUAA